UUAAAGUAAAAUAUUUUGAGUUAAUUACAUGGAAUUAAGGGUGUCUAGAGAAAUUAAAUUUUCUUGGGUAAGAGGAGCCAAACAUGGCACUAAUAAGUCUCCGCGGCGCUGAUUGGAAUUAAAGAAAGCAGAGUCGCAAGGAAAAUUCUACUGGAGUUGGAAAAUCCAACAAAUUUCUCCUUUGGUUGGGGGAGCCGAGGUGUCCUUUCUGAUAACAACAGUGACGACUCUAGCACCUUGACCCCCACCUUAAACCUCCUCUCUUUCAUUACUGGAGGCAACAAAACCAAGACCCCAGUUUUUGAUUCUCGUUUCUCUUUACUUCUAUUGGUUUUUGUGGCAAAAUUUCGUUCACAAGAGAGGUUUAACGAAGAUGGGUUGCUGUGCCAGCCAAAACGUCGACUCCAAAGCCAGCAGGAUCUCCCGUUGGCGAUCCACGGGCAUUGUUGCUCUGCGUGACGCUAAAUUGAAGACUUUUCCCGAUGAGGUUCUUGAUUUAGACAAAAGCGUGCGCACCCUUGAUUUAACUCACAAUAAAUUAGUUGACAUUCCUAUGGAGAUUAGCAAAUUAGUCAACAUGCAGCGCCUCAUUUUGGCUGAUAAUCUUAUUGAGCGACUCCCAAUGAACUUGGGGAAGCUGCAAUCUUUAAAAGUCAUGAUGCUCGAUGGGAAUCAAAUUACUUCUUUGCCUGAUGAAUUGGGCCAGCUGGUGAGGCUUGAGCGGUUGUCAAUACAAGGGAAUAUGUUAACAUUCUUGCCUGAGACAAUUGGGAGCUUGCGCAAUCUAUCAUUAUUAAAUGUUUCAAAUAACAAGUUAAAGACUCUUCCAGAAUCAAUUGGGAGUUGCUUCUCUCUGGAAGAAUUACAAGCAAAUGAUAAUUUAAUUGAAGACCUUCCUGGAUCAGUAUGCAAUCUUGUUCACUUGAAGUCACUUUCCUUGGACAACAAUAAUGUGAACCAGAUUCCUUCAAAUCUGUUGAAAGACUGCAAAGCUCUCCAGAAUAUUUCCCUGCAUGACAACCCUAUUUCUAUGGAUCAAUUUCAGCAGAUGCAAGGAUUUCAAGAGUUUGAAGCAAGAAGAAAGAGGAAGUUUGACAAACAAAUUGACUCAAAUGUGAUGAUCAGUUCCAAAGGGCUUGAUGAGGGCGUUGAUCUAUGAUGAUAGUGUUGGCACUCCUUGCCAGAAGCGCAUUACAGAGUUGGACUGGUUGAGGUUACGUUUAAUGCAAGGAAUGGUGGUUGGAUCUCAGCAGCUGAAGAUUCUGAAUAGCUCUUCCUCAGAUCAGUAUUCAUUUUGAAUUCUUGGCAUAUUUGAAAUAAAAAAAAAAAAUAAUAAUAAUCUCAACUGGUCUUCUCUUAUUGUAAAUGUCAAUGAUAGAUGUUUCUGGUUUUACUGGGCUGCCAUGUGCAGGUUCACAUAUGGUGGUGAUUCCCUAGUUAAAGAAUAUGCAUAUGAUUGCUUUUUGUAUUCUAAGUGGUGGAGCUGCUCAAAACUAUUUUUUUGGCAUUAUAUAAACUUUUUGUUUCCCUUA